GACCCCUUUCCUCGGAAGAGCACGAGGAGGGCCCUCAUCGGGUUUCAGCUGCAGAGUUUCGGAUUGGAGGCUGCCGCAGAUGGAGUUGGCUGAUGAAUCCCGCAGAAAGGCAGAAGAACAGAGAAAAGUUCAGUUGGAGAAACGAAAGCAGGAGGAUGAAUUAAAGCAAGUCAUGCAACAGGAAAAGCAUUUGGAGCGCAUCAAGGAACAAUGGAAGAGUUCUUCUUCAAAGCGGAAAGAGAAACCGACUGAAGAUGAGGAGGGGGGGAAAAGAGGAGGAAAGGGGGAAAACGGAGGAGGAAAGAUAAGAAAUCACGCUAUGAAUCCGAGGAAGCAGAAGCUGAGGCAGACGAUCAAGAGGAGAUGGAUUAUGAUGACAACAGAGAGCAGUAUAAUCAGACAAAUGAUGUCGACGACAAAGAAGACGCUCCUCAAGAUCUUCUUGCAGCAGCUGGGCUAGAAGAUAAAAGAGAAAAGUUGAUGAAGAAACAAAAAGAUGAUAGAUUAAGAGAAAAGUAGCCGAGCGACCUCCCCUCGACUGAUCGUAGUUCAGAACAACGAAGCUGCCGUUGGCGUCGGUGCUUGGGUUUGGAGUCCUUCUGUGGGCUUCUUUGACGUCGUCUACGGUGACGUGGAGACGGGUCUCGGCGGCGGUCCGUGCGGCGGCAGUGGCGGCGGCGGCUCGA